GCUUUUAGGGUUUCAACAGUUAGGCAACUGUGUGGUGGAAGAAAUUCACUGAAAGGUUGUGUGUCCCGUGGAGAUUUGCGUGCGGAAUUGGAACCAACUGUGAGAGUUAACGUUGCUGAGGAAAAGGUUUAAUUCGCGUGAAGGGAGGACGAGCGAGGCAAGAUGAGGAAGUUGAAGUAUCAUGAACAGAAGCUGCUGAAGAAGGUGAAUUUUUUGGAAUGGAAGAAAGAGAGAGGGGAGCACGAGCUGCGUGUGAUGCGACGUUAUCACAUUACCGGGCGCGAAGAUUAUCAGGAAUACAACAAGAUUUGCGGUAUGGUGACGAAGCUGGUGACCAUGCUGAAGAAGAUGAAUCCGCAGGACCCUACCCGGAUUGAGAUGACGGAAGCUCUUCUGGAGAAGUUGUAUAGUAUGGGCGUGAUACCGUCUAAGAAGAGUUUGGCGCUCUGCAAUAAGCUGACGGUGUCGACAAUUUGCCGGCGUCGUCUCGCCGUCGUUAUGCUACGGCUCAACAUGGCGGAGAAUAUGCGAGAAGCAGUGACGUUCGUGGAGCAAGGUCAUAUACGUGUCGGUCCCGACACCAUCACUGAACCUGCUUUCUUGGUGACUCGGAAUAUGGAAGACUUCGUUACCUGGGUUGAUUCCUCUAAAAUCAAGCGGAAGGUUUUGCAGUACAACGACCGCCUCGACGAUUAUGAUCUUCUCAACUAAUAAUCUCCCGGGACUUUUUGAUUUUCCUUCAUGGCCCUCAUGGUGUUUUUCUAGCUUGAAUCUGCAGAAUUUUAGCAAGCUUAGGGUGUAGUGUGUUCCAACACCUCCAAUGUACUAAGUCUAUUCCUUCAUGCCGCUGCAUCGACGAAAAUUAGGCGCAAUUUUCCUUGUAAAUGGAGUGUUCAAUGUGCGUAGCAUAUUUUCCAGCCAGUGUUUUCUGUAGGGCAACCAAUUUUUAUGGAAACAUGAACUCACUUUAAUAUACCGAUGUUGAGCACAACUCUUGUCUA